AAAUACUAACUAGAACCGCAACGUUUGGCAUUCAUUUGUAUUAAUAAUCUCACAUUCUUUCACACAUCACAUACACGUAUGUAUAUAGCACUGAAGGGUGAAUCAUGAUCAAGACAAACAACAUCAUAACCUUUAGUUAACUACUAUUUCUUAACAUGGAUAUAGGCCAUCAUAGAUUAUACAUCAACCAUGGCAGAUGAUCAAUUUCGAGCAAGUGCAAAUUGGUGGGAUUCAUCAAGAAACGUUGUGAGGUUUGAAAGCCGGGAAUCGCAAUCUGGACCUUGGCAUGGCGUUGGUGAUGAUGAAAUGAAGCUACCAAUAAGAUCUUCCACCAUGGAAAAUUCCAUGUCUUCUUCUUCUUCUGCAGGCGCCUCAUCAGGUAGGUCCUCUGUGGUGUUCCAUGAGAGGCUUCAACAACAACAAAACUUGGAUAUGAUGAUGGGUUUGGGGCUUUCUUCUCACUCAUCCAUGGAUUGGAAUCAAGCAUCUUUCAUGAGAGCAGAAAAGACAUCCGAGAUGUUGCAGCAAGAAACAGGAAUGGGAUUGUCAAAUAGAGGUUUCUCGUUGGAUCAAACACAGUUCAGUCCUCAAUACAGUUCCUGUUCCGGAGACAGCAACAUCACAAGCCAACAACUAUUAUCCUCUAAUUUUCAGAUGGAUUCUUCUUCUUCAGCGCCUUUAUAUUGUAACACUUCAAUGCUACAAGGACUAUUAGGACCUGAAAGCAAUAAUCAAGCACACCAAGGACCUAUCAGUAAUUUUCCAUACUCAACGUGUUUGAACAGCAACAAUAAUAACAACCAAUUGCAUUUCACUAAUAACGCCCCCUUCUGGAACGCUUCGGAGCCUGCGCCGGUUUCCAUUAAAGAUGCUCGAUCCAUCUUCUUCCCUUCAUUGCACCAACCAUUUUCGGCGCCAAGCUUCGAUCAACAAUCAAAGAAGAAUAUGGUUGUUUUGCAGAAUAUAUCUGAAGUAAGGGACUCAGGAGGUAGCAUGUUGAAGAAAAGUGAGAAUGAGCAAUCAUCAAAAAGGCCUAGAAACGAAACACCUCCAUCACCUUUGCCAGCUUUUAAGGUGAGAAAAGAGAAGAUGGGAGACAGAAUCACUGCCCUACAGCAAUUGGUUUCGCCUUUCGGAAAGACUGAUACGGCAUCGGUGCUCUCUGAGGCCACUGAAUACAUCAAAUUCCUCCAUGAGCAAGUGACUGUUUUAAGCACCCCAUAUAUGAAGAGUGGAGCUCAAACACAGCAUCACCAGAAUUCUGGUAAAUCAAAGGAAGCUGAUGGACCAAAACAGGAUCUAAGAAGCCGAGGGCUGUGUCUGGUGCCAAUUUCAAGUACAUUUCCAGUGACUCAUGAACCCACAGUUGAUUUUUGGACGCCAACAUUUGGAGGAACUUAUAGAUAAUAUUAAUAUUAGGAUGAAAUACGAUUUUGGUUACUAAAGUAUAAGUCAAAAAUUUUUUUGUUUCCAACCUUUUUUUACAUACAAAAUCGUCCCUAAUUUUAUAAUUCAAAAUUGUUGGACAACUUUAGAUUCUAAUGUUUCACUAAGUUAAGAAUAUAUAGAUGGAAGGUUACGUUUUUACAGAAAAAAAAAAUUUGAAGAUUUCAAUGAUAUUGAAUUUUAUUUUCUCUAUGAAAAUAUUUGUACUUUUGAAAUUUUAAUAAGCGUUCUUCGAAUAUUUAUUAGUAAAAUUUUUAAUUCUAAUAACAAAGACACAGAAUUUUGUUGGUCUCACAUUUAUUUUUUAGUCAAACCCUCUUAUAAUAAGUUGUCCAACCAUUUUAAAUUUAAAAUAACAUUACUUUAAUAUUAACUAGUGGAAUAUUGAGUCACAGCAACUAGGACAAAUCUUUAUCAAAACAUGGCCAAGUUGGGUUGAAAAAAAAUGAAAAGGAAAGGAAGAAGGAACAAAGAAAACAUAAAAGAAAGAAUGGGAGAAAGUUGGGAAGUGGGAAAGUCCGUUGAAAGAGAAAGAAAAAGAAAAUGGUCCUUAAAAAGUGUGGGGAUAAGGCUAAUAGUGAGGUUCUGGUACAAUUUUGGGACCAUAUUCAAGAGCAUUACUAAUAUAAGCUUUCGUAAUAAUUGAUGAAUUAUGCUCAAAAGGGUGGGGGUUAAUUAGGAUUCAGAGAGUUUGCUGAUUAUAGAGUUUUGUUUGUCUAAACUUUUGAGGAAAUUAUUGAAAAUUGAUGUUAGUAAUAGGAAGAAAAAUUGAACUUUGUUUCUCUUCAAAGAAAAAGAAAAAGGAAAAAAAAAAUCUUGUUAUGCUGUGAAUAGAGCUGGCACUACCGUUAAUUAGUUCAAGGAAAAGAAAUGUACUAAUUUGGAGGAAUAAUAAUUGAGAAUAUAGAAUACGGGAGUGAGUGAGCUAGUAGGGGAUAUGUUGGUUGAUUGGAAAUUUCACUUUUCAUUUGUUUAUAUUUCUUUGAAAUAUCUAAGUGGAAGUGAGAAAGUGGCCCAGAUCAUUCUCACCCUCCAUUCUCUACUCUCUAUCUCUUUUUAUUUAUAUUGUUUGGAGGAAAAUUUCGUAGUCCGUGUAUAUCUUGUGAAAUAUAUGCAAAUUUCUUAUUUCUAUAUGAAUAUGAUCUAGAUUUUGUUUU